AUGGACGUCGAGCUCAUCGUCUGCAUCGCCAACGCCGUUGCCAUCACCGUUGUCUUCUCGAAGCUCGACGGCCGCAGCUUUCGCGCGCUGCCCAUGAACCGGUACACCUUUGGCUGCCAUCUUCGGUGUACGCGCUUCGUCUUCGAAUGCAUUUGCAUGAACAUCGUGUCUGCCUGGCCGCUCGCGCACCCACCACUGCGCCGCCACAAUAUGAUGGACAUCAACGACCGCGUCACCGUCACGCUGCACUACCUCACGCACUACGACGGCUACGAGUCGACUGGCGUACUUUUCGCUAUCGCCAAGACUCGAGUCGUCGAGUGCUGUAAUCAAAUCUUUGUUGUCGUCGCACUACUUGCCUCCGACACCGUCGCAUUGUCUUCCACGCACGCCGUGUGGGAAGAAGUGCGUUGA